ACAGAACUUUUGCAAAUCCGAUCAUGUCGGCAUCGCUUGCACCAGAAUGUAACGAAGUGAAAGAACGUUACGACAACUGUUUCCUGAAGUGGUACAGCGAGAAGUUUCUUCGAGGAACAUCUACCUCGGACGAAUGCGAGCCGUUAUUCAAGCAGUAUGAACAGUGUCUGACUAAAGCUCUAAGAGCGCGAGGGAUCGACAGCAUGCUCAAAGAUGCACGAGAAGAUAAUCGUGACAAUGACGCCGAGCAUAUGAAGCCGAGACGAUAAAUGAUGUAGCCCCCUCUCUUCGCCAAUGGGAGAUCAUGAUUUCUAACAUGUUUGUUCCAAAUCGCUUUCCACAAUGUUGACGAUACAAACUACCUCAGUUUGACCCCUACGCCUUCUGGAAGUCUUUGGUACUUCCAAGUCUUGUAAACAUAUUUUCAUUGUAUCAUCAUGUCCACCCAGUUUGUAGUCUUUCACAGAAGCCUGGCAGGAGUGUAUGCAUUCAAAGGGCGGUACAACUUAAACCGUUAAAAGAUAGAUCAAUAAUGGCAGUGGUAUCCAUCAUGCACCGUACGCUGACAAUGCUUGCCUGCUGGUGAGCAAUCGAAUGCGGAUGUGACAACUUUUAUUCUAAC